AUGUCUGAACGACAAGCAAUCCAGGACAACAAGGAAGAACCCGACCCAGACCAUGUGGCAGCCGAGGCGAGACGGUACAAGCACGCGCUGCUCCUACUCGUCGAGACUCUCCGGAAAAACCACCCGUCCGAAACCUUUGGGCUUAUCGACGCCAUCAGGAACACCAAAUCUGUGCCGGAGGCUGCUGAGCUUUUGAUGCAAAUGUCAGAGGCUGAGAAGUCAUCGGGAGGGACCAGUACAAGAGAAUCCGAUGCACGCACCCAGUGA